AUGGCUCAAACAGGAAUUCGAAUUGCUAUUGAUAGAGGUGGCACCUUCACCGACGCCUGGGCUCAGAUCCCUGGUCACUCUUCAGACGUGAUCUUCAAAGUGCUCUCCGAAUCCCCGACAGAAUAUGAAGAUGCCCCAACGGAAUGUAUCCGACAGAUUCUGGAGACUGCCAGCGGCUCUCCAAUACCUCGUGGAACACUCUUAGACCUAAGUCCAGUAGAGUCCAUUCGAAUGGGUACUACUGUGGCUACUAACGCACUUCUUGAGCGGAAGGGCGAUCGCAUCGCACUAUUGACAACGAAGGGUUUCCGCGACCUUUUGAAGAUAGGAAACCAAGCGCGACCCAAUAUCUUCGACCUAUCCGUCCAACGACUGCGUCAGCUAUAUGAAACAGUCGUUGAGGUUGAUGAGCGCGUGACUAUUGAAGGGUUCUCUGAAGAUCCCGAUCCCAAGCCGAUUGAUGUUGACUCUGAUGAGAAUUUACAUUUUGGAUUAACGGGUGAAAUCGUUCGCGUGCUGCGCGUUCCGGAUUUGGCUACGGUUCGCAAAGACUUGAUCGCUCUUUGGGGUCAAGGGUAUCGCUCAGUCGCUAUCGCACUCAUGCACUCGUAUACUUAUCAAAAACAUGAGGUUGCAGUGGCGGAAGUGGCACGAGAGCUUGGGUUCAAAGUUGCCGUGUCAUACGAGCUUCAGACUAUGGCAAAGUUGGUUCCUCGGAGCCAGUCAGCCGUCGCAGAUGCUUAUCUAUCUCCUGUGACGAAAAAGUACUUGGAUGGAUUCCAAAAGGGAUUCAAAGGUGAGUUGAGAGAUGAGCAUGCAAAGAAGGUUUUUGUCAAUCAGUCCGAUGGUGGCUUGACAUCAAUCGCAAAUUUCUCUGGCCUUCGCGGGGUGCUGAGUGGUCCUGCCGGUGGUGUCGUUGUGGGUGGUACGAGUACUGAUGUCGCUCGUUACGCCGGUGCCUUGGAGCACAUAUUCGAAAGCACUAUCGCCCAAGUUACGAUUCAGACGCCUCAGCUCGACAUUAGCACCGUAGCUGCUGGUGGUGGCUCCAUGCUAUUCUGGGAGAACGGACUAUUUAAAGUUGGUCCUCAAAGCGCAGGAGCGUACCCAGGCCCAGCAUGCUAUGGCCGAGGUGGUCCAUUAACAGUGACCGAUGCAAACUUGUUCCUCGGCAGGAUCAUUCAGGACUAUUUCCCACGCCCCUUGGACUUUGAUGUAGUAAAGCGAAAAUUUGCUGAAUUGACUGCGGUGAUCAACUCCGAAAAGGAUGGAUCCUGUCAGCUCACUCCGGAGGAGGUUGCGGUCGGGUUUAUUUCUAUCGCAAAUGCAACGAUGACCCGACCGAUUCGGACCUUGAGUGAGGGCCGAGGCUUUGAAACCGCGGCCCAUAAUCUUUGCUGCUUUGGUGGUGCUGGUGGACAACAUGCUGUUGCCAUUGCAAGAGAUCUGGGGAUUCAAAGAGCCUUGAUCCCACGAUAUUCCAGCAUCUUAUCUGCGUAUGGCAUGGCUCUCGCCGAUGUAGUUGUUGAGAACCAGGAGCCAGAGGCAACAUCUUAUACCAUGAAGAAUCUUUUUAGAGUGGAGGAGCGAUUUGAAAGAUUGAAAUGUGCAGGCAUUGCUGGGCUUGAAUCUCAGGGAUUCUCAGAGUCACAAAUAAGCCAUGAGUUGUUCUUGAAUAUGCGGUAUCAAGGCAGCGAUACAGCAUUGAUGAUUCCCGAUCCAGGAUCUUUUUCGAAAUUUGGUGACGCGUUUUCUGCGCGUCAUCAGCAGCAAUUUGGCUUUACUCAACCAAGAGAGAUUCUCAUCGAUGACGUUCGUGUUCGGAGUACUGGCAAGGGAAUGGAUGUUUCUCUUUCUAGCCCAACGGCCGAGCUAGAGAAACUCUCCCACUCGCCCCCGGCAACACCGACCAGCCCGGAAAAAAACAUCAAAGUCUACUUUGAGCAAGUCGGUUGGCUUGAUAUAGGGCUUUACUCUCUCAAGGAUCUCAAAGUUGGCACCUGCACAAAUGGACCGGCUAUGGUAAUUGACAAGACCCAGACGAUUAUUGUGGAUCCUGAAAGUACAGCAAUGAUUUUGCCGGAGCAUGUUGUGAUUGAAAUUACAGGAAAGGCCAAGCCAGAAAUUACAACGGAGACUGUGGAUCCAGUGCAGCUUAGUGUCUUUGGACAUCGAUUUAUGAGCGUGGCGGAGCAAAUGGGUCACACUAUGCAAAAGACUUCAAUCUCUGUUAAUAUCAAGGAAAGACUGGACUAUUCGUGCGCGGUUUUCUCUGGGGAUGGUAGCUUGGUUGCCAAUGCUCCCCACAUUCCAGGUCAUUUGGGCUCUAUGAGCUAUGCAAUCGCAUACCAAGCACGCCUAUACAAGCCCGGUGAAUUGAAACCUGGUGAUGUGCUCCUUAGCAAUCACCCCUGUUCUGGAGGUACACAUCUUCCCGAUCUUACAAUCACUACGCCCGUGUUUGACAGUGAUGAAAAUCCGACUAAGAUUCUUUUCUUUGUCGCGAAUCGAGGCCACCAUGCGGAUAUUGGCGGCAUCCAGCCUGGUUCCAUGCCUCCGAACUCCACAGAGCUAUGGCAGGAGGGUGCAGCAGUAGAGUCGUUCAAGAUUGUUAAAGAAGGAGAAUUCGAUGAGACUGGGCUAAUUGAGGUACUGGUAGACAUCCCAGCUUCUUACCCUGGGUCCAGUGGUACACGAACCCUGCGGGACAAUAUAGCAGACCUGAAAGCCGCCAUCGCCUCUAACAAUAAGGGCAUCAAGUUGAUUCGGUCUCUGAUCAAGGAAUACACCUGGCCUGUGGUGGAGUUCUACAUGAAAUCCAUUCAGGAAAAUGCAAGCCAGUCAACCCGAGAACUGCUCAAGGUGAUUGCCCAGAAAUUUGAAGGGCAGCCUCUCCAAGCCGUGGAUUAUAUCGACGAUGGAACGCCCCUGGCGCUCAAGAUCACCAUUGACCGAGAAAGUGGCAAUGCAGAUUUUGAUUUCACGGGUACGGGACCAGAACAUUUUGGGAAUUUGAAUUGUCCACCCGCGAUCAUGUAUUCGGGAGUCAUGUACUGUCUUCGAUCAAUGAUUUCAUCCGACAUCCCUCUGAACCAGGGCUGCUUGAAGCCCAUCCGGCUAAUAUGCCCACCCAAUACUCUCCUGUCGCCGUCUCUCAAAGCCGCAACCGUUGGAUCCAAUGUUGAGACUUCUCAACGCAUCGUCGACUUGAUUUUCAAGGCAUUCCGUGCAGCUGCCGCUUCACAGGGCACCUGCAACAACCUAACAUUCGGCUACGGCGGUCGAGAUCCCGACACCGGGAAGGUUAUCAAGGGAUUCGGAUACUAUGAAACCAUCGCUGGCGGAUCCGGAGCCGGCGCAGAUUGGGACGGCGAAAGUGGAGUGCAUACCCACAUCACUAAUACCCGGAUCUCCGAUCCAGAAAUUUUCGAAAGACGUUACCCCGUUAUCUUGCAUGAGUUCUCCAUUAGAAAAGGAAGUGGCGGAGCGGGAAGGCACCGGGGUGGAGAUGGAUGUACCCGUGAUAUUGAAUUCCGAUUGCCAAUGCAGGUUUCCAUUCUGUCAGAGAGACGCGUGAUUCCCCCGUAUGGUAUGGCGGGCGGUGAUGAAGGAGGACGCGGAGUGAAUCUGUGGCUAAGAAAAUACCCAGACGGAACAAGCCGGCUUAUUAGCCUUGGAGGCAAAGCGACAACUCAUAUGAAUGCUGGAGAUCAUAUCAUUGUUCAUACACCUGGGGGUGGUGGGUACGGAAGAGAUCCACAAAAGAAAGAAGAGGUGUUCAUGGAUAUUUUUAAGAUCCACGAGAAGUUUGUACCGAGCUCUACUUUAAUUCGGUCAUAG